AUAGUGCUAGAUUUGAGGUUUUUCGCGCGGCUGCUUUCAUUCACUCCUCUUGAUUAUUCAUUUUGGGUUAACAUCAGUUCACACAGAUUCCUACACAGACUCGAACACGAGUGCAGUUUUCAGUGAUAGAAAACAUCUCUUUUGUCCACUGGUUCUGCCCCCUUGCAGCUCAGAGGAGUCAGCCCUCAUCAUUUGUGCCAUUGUCACAAGGCUACACACCCUGAACUGGUACACUUGUGUCUCAGGUGAGUCAGUAGAGAGGCUGGGCUUCACAUUCAUGCACAGCGGAUGAAGACUGACACCUCAAGCAGAAAUCGUAACUUUCUUCUCAAAGCCCCCCCGUCCCAUGAGACCUCCUGCGUUAUGAAAUUACACUGUUUUUUCCUACUGGUUUACUUGGGGACCUUCUCUGUGGGAUCAGCUGCCUUUAGAAAUCCAACAUGUUCAAGAAGAAACUCAUGCGAUCCGGAGCCGGAUGCGACAUCUCACUUCCUGCAGUGUGUCGGGCUGCCUCCAACAGACACCGGCAGAGACCACAUGCACAGGCUAAAAAGAGUCCUUGAAGGCACCAUGGACAUUUACACUUUCAUGAAAUCCAGCUUAAAUGGUGUGCCGCUUCUGUCUCUGGAGGGAGAACUGGAGUUAAACGGGAGAGCAGACCCGCUCCAGAAUGAAGCUUUGGUCCAAAUGUGGCUGGAGGUCAAGAUGAAACCGCUGCUGAAAUCUAUAACCAAAAACUUUCUUUCCUGCCUCAGCACCAAGAACUUCAGCUGCUCCACUUACCAGACUGUGAUAAAGGAGCUGAGUCAGCAUUACUCAGAAAUGAAUCCAGCUCAGCAAAAGUGGAUCUACACCUUCUUCAUGUAUCCAUUCCUGUCAGGAGACGGAGCUUAUGGUUGUGCAGACCCAGAGGAAAGCAGUGAGGAGUGGCUGAUGAAGAACUUUGGUGCCUUCAGAGCAAUGGCCAGAAUGAAGGACUUUUCAGCUCUCAAUAUGGUCUUCAGUGGACUGGAAGUGCUUCACCUGCUGUCUCCUGCACAAAAAGCAGAGCUGCUCAUGAGGCCUGAAGUGGAAAGCUUUGAAAAUGGCACCCUGUCCCUGAUCUUCCACAGUUUGUUGAGAGGAGGCCCUGAAUCCACAGCUCACGCUGGAGGUGACCACUGGACAACACCUGCAGUCUCAACUCCAUCACCCUCCUAUACCACACAGCCCUCACAUCAGCCACACCCCCAGUCUCCUCGUGAAAAGCUCAGAAAGAUCUUAAAUGGAUUCAUGACGGCGGUCAAACCCAUUGGGAGCUUCGUCCAUGAGUUUAUCUCUUUCACGCGUCAGAGAAAUGCAUCUGAUAUUAGAAGCGCCACGAUGACUCAGUUCCUGCUCAACUGGACUCUGGCUGAACUGGCUGACAUGUUUCAGCCUAAAGACAAAGUUCCAGAGGAGCCACAGUUUGAUGUGACGAAUGUGGAGGAUUGGUACCAGCAGGUUGUCCUGCCAGUGCUUCAGAGCUUUAUCUCAAAUAAUGAAAUCCUGAAUCAUAAAAACAUCAAACUUGCUUUUCAACAACUUUUUCAUUUGAACAAUCCUGGAGACAAUGAGUUUCCAGAAAACCCAGAGAUCCAGGAUGUCUGCAGUAUCACUCUUGAUAAGACCCACUGCGGGCUGACUGAUGCCGUGGAAAAUGUGGCUCACGUUUUGCAUUGUGCUGCUCGCACAAACCUGACAUUGAAUGAGGAAACAAUAAUGAGGCUGAUUCUGGAGCUGACCAAACGUCUGAACUCCCUGAUCAAAGAACUGUCCAAAACUAACUUCAAGGAAGUGUCUUCUGAAAUCAAGGAGAUCUUUGGUGAGGGAGAAGCUCCAUCUCUGACCCAGGAACACCUGAAGGACCCCGACUUCAUUCAGCUCUGGUUCCAGAUCAAGCUGCUGCCCCUCCUGCCGGAUGUCCACCCAGAUCUCCUCUCCUGUCUGAGCAGCAAGAACUUCUCCUGUCCUGUCUACCAAACCCUAGUGUCAGCACUGGGCGGAUACAUGAGUUUCAUGGAGGCUGACCCCAUGUACAGUCAGAACAUCUAUAAAUACUUCAUCUAUUCUUUCCUGCAGCAACACAACAUCUCUGACUCUAAUUGUUCAGUCAACGGCAGCGCAGAAUGGUUGGAAAAAAAUGUUGGUUUCUUCUCAAAGUUUGCCUCCAUCACUGACUUUUACGAGCUCAACCCUAAUUUCUCUGGACUGGAAGCUCUUCAUCUUCUGACUCCAAACCAGACAGCAGAGAUGCUGCUGCUGCCUCUGCGUACUCCACCAGAGAGAGAUGUGGUCAUAAGUCAUGUGCUUAACUAUCUGAUUGAGUCACCAGAGGACCGGAAACUGCUGGAAGUUCUGCACUUUGUAAUCGAACUUGCUCAGAAGAUCAACUCUUCCUGCAGCGUCUACACACUUCUUUUGGAUCAACUAUACAAUGUCAUCCCGUCUCUGCGUCCAGACUGGGAACCAGUUGUCUGGGCUUUGAUCAGUGAUUUGAUCAAUAUUGUACCAGAGCACUGUGUGACGAAGGACAUGAUGUGUCCACAAACCCAAGUUAAUGGCACAAACAUUUGCAAAGACAUUGACAGCUCUGACCUGGAAUUCUACAUGAACAUGUCCACCCAUGUUCCUUGUAACUUUACUCUGGACAAAUAUGCAUGUGCACAGUUGGAGAAUUUUGCAGCUGAUCAGCUGGCUUCCCUCCUGAGAUGUGAUCUGCCCGGAAACAGCAGCCGCUCCAGAGUGUUGUGGAAGUUGCUGCUCACUAAACUCUCCAACGUCUUGGAUCCAGCUCUGGACCUGCUGGCUAACAUGUCUGUGGACGUGGUCAGUCCGUCAGCGCCUGAGAUUCUGGAUGUCAUUGGGGAGAUGAGGGUCUUCCUGCUGACUGACCAACAGCUGAUGGACAGCAGCGUGGUCAAGUUGUGGUUCUCCGAGCGUUUAAGUGUCUUCCUGCCGUCUGCCUCAGAAAUGUUCCUGCUGUGUCUGAGCAGCAGGAACCUCAGCUGUCAGUCCUUCCAGCAGAUUGUGCAGGUGUUUAGUCAUCAGUUCAGAGACAUGACAUUCCAACAGCAGCAUGUGAUCUUGAAGGAUUUCAUCCUCCGUUUCCUGUCAGAACCGUACACAGGUCCAGGUUGUGUUUCUGCCUCCAACAGCAGUGCAGAGUGGCUCAGCAACAACUUGGGUUCUUUCUCAGAGCUUCUGUCUGUCAGUGAGAUGUUUGAUCUGAACCCACAGUUCAAUCCGAUGGAGACUCUCAGUGUUCUGAGUCCAAAGCAGAGUGCAGAGCUGCUGGUGCUGAAACAUCCCACUCUGCCAAACACAGACGUCAUUAUCAACAAACUCUUUGAUUAUUUCACUGAGUCUCCAAGAGAGAGGAAGUUUACAGAGUUCCUGUCAUUCCUUGUUGUGUUUCUCGAAAAGGCAAAUUUUCCCUGUUCAUCAUACAAGACGCUGUUUUCCAGAUUUGACAACACCUCAUCCACAUCUUCUCCUGAUGUUGCAUCAUCUAUCAUGGACACCAAAGUGGCUUUGAUCAGCUACAUACCAACGGAUUGCAUUAUAUACAGCGGAAAGUGUAAUUUUAUUACAACAAAUGAGACAACAAUUUGUAAUGGAGUAAACAGCACAGAGCUUCAGCUCCAUCUGGACAGUGGACACAUAAAUGGUCGUUUCUGUGACUUCCCCGUGGAGGAACUAGCUUGUGCCUCUCUCUCAACGUUAGCCGCUCCAGAUCUUGCAGAUAUUCUGCGGUGUGAUCGAUCCUCCAGCUCAAGUGGAUCCCCUCAAGUCUGGAAGCUUCUCCUGGUUAAAUCCACCAGAGUUCUGGAUGAAGCUCUAGAUCUCCUGCCCGCUAUAACCUUUGACCCCAGCAGUCCCUCAGUGUCUGUGAUUCUGGACAGCAUCAGAGAAACCCGACUGGACCUGUUCAGCACAGACGCCCUGAACAAUCCCUUCAUGCUGCAGCUGUGGUUCAACAAACGUCUUCAUCCGUUCUUACCUGCAGUUUCCACUGAUUUCCUCUCAUGUCUGGCAACAAAGGAACUGCAGUGCAGCUCCUACCAGUAUAUUUUGAAGAGCUUGAGUCAAGUCUGGGAGAAGAUGACUUUUGAAAAUCAAUCAUCUGUGUACACAAACUUCAUCAAGAUUUACCUGAGCAGAAAUGAGACAGCAGGGUGUGUGUCUGCCUCCAACAGCAGUGCAGAGUGGCUGAUGGACAACCUGGGAUCCUUCUCUGAGCUUCUGUCUGUCAGCGAGAUGUUUGAUCUGAAUCCACAGUUCAGACCUAUGGAGGCUCUCAGUGUUCUGAGUCCAAAGCAGAGUGCAGAGCUGCUGGUGCUGAAACAUCCCACUCUGCCAAACACAGACGUCAUUAUCAACAAACUCUUUGAUUAUUUCACUGAGUCUCCAAGAGAGAGGAAGUUUACAGAGUUCCUGUCAUUCCUUGUUGUGUUCCUGGAAAUGGGGGAUCUUUCCUGCUCUUCAUACAAAACGCUGUUCACUAGACUUGACUAUAUUGCAGCCACAGGUUUUCUGGAUGUUUCUACAGCCGCCACAAACAGCAGAUAUGACCUCUCUAAGAAUAUUCCAUCUGGUUGUGCCAUAUACAGUGGAGAGUGCAACGCUGUCACAGCAAACCAGUCCGAUAUCUGCACUGGAGUGAAUAGCACAGAAUUUCAGCUUCAGCUCAGCAGCGGGAAGAUGAGCGGACGUUUCUGUGACUUUUCUGUGGAGGAGAUUGCUUGUGCUUCUCUUUCAGCAUUAACCACACAAGAUCUGGCAGAGAUUAUGAAGUGUGGUCGAUCGUCCAGCUCCGGCAGGUCCACGGAAGUCUGGAAGCUUCUUCUCUCUGAAGCUUCUGGGGUGCUGGAUGAAGCUCUGGAUCUUCUGGCCAACUCAACAAUCACCCUCACUAGUCCUUCAGCUUCCAUGAUUCUAGACAGCAUUCAAGAAAUCCGACUGGAGCUGCUGAGCAACAACACUCUGAACAAUCCGUCCACGCUCCAGCUGUGGUUCAACAGCCGACUUCGUCCGUUCUUACCUGCUGUUUCCAGCAACUUCCUCUCAUGUCUGGCUGCUAAGAAUUUGCAGUGCAGCUCCUACCAGUACAUUUUGCAGAUUUUGAGUGACGUUCAGCCACAGAUGAGUCUGUCUAGACAAGUUCCCGUGUACACACACUUCAUCAAGAUUUACCUGAAGAGAAAUGACACUGCAGAUCCUGGCUGUAUCUUAAACCUCAACAGCAGCACAGAGUGGCUCCUGAACAACGUGGGAGGAUUUUUUGUCCUCUUGUCUUUAAGAGAUAUCCAAGAGCUCUACCCACAAUUUUCUGCGAUGGACGUUCUGCCAUUGCUGUCAGUCAGACAGCUUGCAGAGGUAGCUGCCACACCUGGCCAGCUCACAUCUGCAGGGCAGGUCACCAUGGUGAUGAGUUAUGUCCCUGAUCAACAAUUGGCUUCCUUCUUUGAUAAUUUCUCACCCACUAUCUUGGGUCAUGAAAACAUUCUCCCCUCCACUGUGAGGUCAGCCAUGCUGCAGGUUGUGUUUGAUCGUGCAAACCUCUCCAGUCCAUCAGUCAGUGAUGCUGUGGUGUUACUGUGGCUCCAAGAUCGAAUGCGCCCCCUGCUGGUGAAUUUAGCAUCUUACCAUGUGACUCCAUACUUUAAUAUACUGGCAGGACGAAACUGCAGCGUUGAGCAGCAGGGUGUAAAACUUCUGGACUUGGCUAUCUCAUCUCUGAGUAAUGACACACAGAGAGAAGUUCAAAACCAAAUUAUUCAGGCUCUUCAAGGUCCGUCCCCUCUCCGUUGCUAUGGUGACAACUACAGUGUGAGCUUCUACAGUUUCCUGAGGAGCUCCUUCAUGGGAUUCCAGUUCCCCAACCUGACCACCUUCUUGUCCCUCAUGCCUCAAGACAGAAAGCAACAGCUGAUAAACUCCAUGCCUCCAUCAGAUCUUGGGGAUUUCUUGCGUCAAACUAAUGUUGUUGGAGAAGAAUCACAGCUCUGUCAGCUUUACAGCAGCUACCUCCAGAUACCACUGUUUCUAGAGACUGAGUCUCUGCCACAGCCGGUGAGACAGAGAACUCUGCCUUGUGUUUGGCCCAUGGCUCUCAGGAGCUCCAGCAGGUCAGAGGUUAACGCCUGGUUUGAUCGAGGUCUCCCCAACUACUUGGUCUUCCUCACAAAGACUCAGAUCAGCCAAAUCACCUCAAUCAACGCCUCAUGCUUGGCCUUCCAGAAGAUUGUUUCUGCUCUUGGUUCCUACAACUACUCUGUUUCUGACUUCACCAGCCAAGACGUGUACGACACCAUCAAGGUUUACCUGUCAUCAGCAACAGCACCAAAGUGCUACGACAGCAAUGAUGCAGAUCUGAACUCCACAGCCUGGUUUGCAGAGUACAUCGGCUCUUUCAUCUCUUUCCUCACUGUCAAGGAUCUUCAGUCAUUUGGAUCUCAGCAGGAUGUGCAGCGUUUCACAGUGAAUCCUCAGAAUCUUGCGCUCCUCAGUCAGUCCGACGUGGAUCUGAACCUCAUAAUUUACUACAUUCAGUUGGUUUAUCGGCAAGACAGAAACUUCAAUCCACUCCUCCUUCCUUCAUUGGGGCAGUGCUUUGCCCCUGGUCCUGUCUUCACCCAGCUCAACGCACCAGAAAGUUUGACUGUUUUGGAAAAUGUCAAUGGAGUCUGCACAGACCUGGAUCCACAGAUCGCUGCUGCUUUAGCCAGUAAUUUUGGUAAAAAUAUCAAUUCCCAAAUCAUUGCUGCUCUGGGUAAUGAAUGCUCCAGCUUGUCCGUGGGUCAGAUAAAGUCCAUAAAGCCUUCAGACCUGAAGGACUCCCUUCACAUUCUCAGCAAUGUGCCUCACUGGAGUGAAGGUCAAGCCAAGGUCAUCGUUCAGGCUUUGCUGUUUUCAGGGAUGAUGCAGAUCAACAGCUCAUCUUCAUUCCAAAACCUGGGGUCACUUCUCAUUGGCUUACCCGCCGGCGUGUUCAGCAGCAUCAGCGGGGCAGAGCUCAUCGCUGCAUCCAGAAACCCUUCAGUCAUGGCACACCUGGCAUCCGCUCCACAGGUUGUCCAGCAGGCUUUUGUUGCACAGAUUCUAUCAUUGGACCCCAACAGUGUAAAUAUAUUAGAGAACAUUCCAGAUAAAUUUGUGGCUGAGAUCCCUCGAGUUUUCCUGUUGCACUUUACCAACGACAGCAGCACCAUCAUCAAGCUUAACAACAAAGAAUGGAGUCCCCAGCAGGUGGAGCUGUUCUUUGAUAAGAUGUCAACAGAAUCUGCCCUGGCUGUGCUUGGAGGACCCAACAACUUGUCCUCAUCUGUGCUCCAAGGAUUCACAUGUACAGGAGUGAGAUAUUUAGGAAGGGAGCAGAUCAGAGAGCUGAUCAAAGCCUGCCGAAGACAAGGCAAUGACAAAGUCACACUGGAGGAGACACAGCUGACCUGCAUGUACAACCAUAUCAGAGAAGAAUCCGAUUCCUCCAGCUUUUCCCUCUAUCCUCCAGAUGUGCUGCUGUACUACGAUUACUCUCUGGUGCCACAGAACAGCUGCAGAUCGUACUUUGAAGAACUGGCUCAUGCAGACUUCUCAGUCUUCUCUCCGGUCCUCAGCUACAAAAAGACUGAUCUAUUUGACAAUGCAAAAAGCUGCUUGGGAAUAAACAGCACAAGUCUGACUGAGGACAAUGUAUCAGUUUUGGGGAACAUGUGCUGCAUGCUCAAUGGCUCCUACAUCCAAAACUCUCAUCCAUCCAUACUGGAACGACUUAAAAACUGUCCAGAUCUCAAUGUUGAACAAACAUCUGCAGUUGUAACCCUUCUGACCAAUGGAAAUACACCAUAUGGAGUUCCUUCGACAUGGAAUGAACAGACUCUAAAAGACCUUGGGAUGUUUACUCUGUAUUUGCCUUCAUCUUUCUAUCUACGCUUUGAUCAAGACACAAAGCGUAACUUCUUGAAGUACUUCCUGAAAGUUUUUGGUGGAGUGAGCAGAGAACAGAGGAGGCGACUGAAGAGAGAGAUAAGACAGUCCAUCACAAGUGAUUCAGAACAAACUGCAGAAUGCACAGCUGGAGUAAUCACACAGGUCACAAUCAGUGACCCCGCCUUCCCCUUUGACUAUAGCGUCAAUCAAUUCAACAACUGUCUGUCAGUUUCAACCGUCAAAGACAAUCUGGAUGCCAUCACAGAAAAGGUGGAUGAGGAGGAAUACCUCAGGAUUGUUCUCCAGAAACUGAAAGAGGGCGAUAACUUCAUCAUUCCAGAAGACGAGGUUCAGGUCUUGAAAGCAGCGUCCCGUGUGGCCACUCUUGAAGACAUCCAGCUAUGGACUAUCACUCGAGUUGACACUCUUGCUGCUUUGAUGGAUUCUAUAAACGGACAGUGGGACCCAAGCCUGGCUAAAGCCAUCAUUAAUAAGUACCUGGCUGUGGAAGGAAAUAGUCUUGGUGGAGCGGAGCUGAACGUCAUUGGAGGACCCAACCUCUGCUCUCUGGAUGUGAGCGACAUCAAGACUAUUUCUUCACAAAGCCUCAAAGAAGCUGAGGCUCUAGACGUGUCCAGCUGCACCGCUGAGAAAAAGAAAGAGCUCUACAGCAUCGCCACUGUGGCGUUUCACAUCAGUCCUCUCUCCGUUACCUCGUACCAGCUCGCACAACCUUAUAUUGGAGGUGCAGAUGUUGAUUAUAUUCGCAGUUUGGUGGCCUCCGAUGUUAACAUGGACCUGGCCACAUUCAGCGGUCUGGAUGAGAAUGUUGUUCUGGCUCUAACUGUAAAUGAAGUCAAAGGUCUUCUUGGUGCCAACCUGCCAGAUCUGAAGUCCUAUGAAAACCAAGCACUGGUGCAGACCUGGAUCAGAAACCAAUACCAGUCACAGCUUAAUAUUCUAGGAUUAGGCAUCCUGGGAGGCAAAGCUGACCCCACCCCCUCCCCAGUGUACAACAGUUCCACAACAUCACCAAUAUCCACUACUAUAGACAGCACCACAUACAACAGACAGUGCCAAGUAGUUGUAGCCAACGAGUCAAAUACCUGUCUUGGGGUGAACAGCGCUGACCUUCAGCUCCAACUCAACUCCGGUCAGACCAGCGGACGCUUCUGUGACUUUUCUGUGGAGCAGUUUGCGUGUGCCUCUCUCUCAGCGUUAACAGCGCAGGACCUGGCAGCGAUCCUGAAGUGUGACCGAUCCUCUAGUUCAAGCGGCUCCAUUCCAUUCUGGAAGCUUCUCCUCUGCAAAACUUCCAGAAUCCUGGAUGGAGCUCUGGAUCUUCUGGCCACCACAACUAUCAACCCCAGCAGUCCUUCAGUGUCCAUGAUUUUGGACAGCAUACAGGAAAUCAGACCAGAUCUGUUCAGCAAUAACACCCUGAAUGACCCCUCCAUGCUGCAGCUGUGGUUCAACAGUCGCCUUCGGCCGUUCUUACCCGCCGUUUCCUCCAACUUUCUCUCAAUUCUUGCAACACAGGAAAUGGAGUGCAGCUCCUACCAGAAUAUUUUGCAAAGUUUGAGUCGAGCUCAGACACAGAUGAGCCAAAACACACAAUCAGCAGUCUACACACUCUUCAUUAAAGGUUUCCUGAGCAGGACAGACACUGCAGGCUGUGCCUCCAACAUCAGCGCAGACUGGUUGAGGAACAACUUGGGUUCCUUCUCAGAAUUUGCGUCAGUCAGCGAGCUGUUUGACCUCAACCCACAGUUCAACCCUAUGGAGGCUCUCAGUGUUCUGAGUCCAAAGCAGAGUGCAGAGCUGCUGGUGCUGAAACAUCCCACUCUGCCAAACACAGACGUCAUUAUCAACAAACUCUUUGAUUAUUUCACUGAGUCUCCAAGAGAGAGGAAGUUUACAGAGUUCCUGACAUUCCUUGUUGUUUCCCUCAAUAAGGGAAAUCUAACCUGCACAUCAUACAAAACACUGUUUACCAGACUUGACUUCAUAGAGGCCACAGCUUCUCUUGACAUAGCUUCAUUCAUCACAAACAUGAAAUUUAACGUGUCCCAGAACAUCCCACUUGGUUGCAUCAUAUACGGUGGACAGUGCAAUGCUGUCAUGGCAAAUGAAUCAAGUAUCUGCAUUGGAGUAAACAGCACAGAGCUUCAGCUCCAACUCAACAGUGGGAAGAUGAGUGGACGUUUCUGUGACUUUCCUGUGGAGCAGUUGGCUUGUGCCUCUCUCUCAGUGAUAACAUCCCAGAAUCUGGCAGAUAUUAUGAAGUGUAAUCGAUCAUCCAGCUCCAGUGGGUCCACUCCAGUUUGGAAGCUCCUCCUAUCUAAAACUUCUGCCGUGCUGGACAGAGCUCUUGAUCUUCUGGCCAACACUACAAUCACCCUCACUAGUCCUUCAGCUUCCAUGAUUCUAGACAGCAUUCAAGAAAUCCGACUGGAGCUGCUGAGCAACAACACUCUGAACAAUCCGUCCACGCUCCAGCUGUGGUUCAACAGCCGACUUCGUCCGUUCUUGCCUGCUGUUUCCGGCAACUUCCUCUCAUGUCUGGCUGCUAAGAAUUUGCAGUGCAGCUCCUACCAGUACAUUGUGAAGAUCCUGAGUCAAGUUCAGCCACAGAUGAGUCUUUCCAAACAAGUGCCUGUGUACACACACUUCAUCAAGAUUUACCUGAGUAGGAACAACACUGCAGAUCCAGGCUGCACCUCCAACAUCAACAGCAGCAUAGAGUGGCUCCAGAACAACGUUGGGGGAUUCUCUGUUUUCCUUUCCAUAAAGAAUAUCAAAGAACUCUACCCACAGUUUUCUGCGAUGGACGUUCUGCCAUUGCUGUCAGUCAGACAGCUUGCAGAGGUAGCUGCCACACCUGGCCAGCUCACAACUGCAGAGCAGGUCACCAUGGUGAUGAGUUAUGUCCCUGACCAACAAUUGGCUUCCUUCUUUGAUAAUUUCUCACCUACUAUCUUGGGUCAUGAGAACACACUCCCCUCCACUGUGAGGUCAGCCAUGUUGCAGGUCAUGUUUGAUCGUGCAAACCUCUCCAGUCCAUCAGUCAGUGAUGCUGUUGUGUUACUGUGGCUCCAAGAUCGAAUGCGCCCCCUGCUGGUGAACAUGGCACCUCACCAUGUGACUCCAUACUUUAAAAUACUGGCAGGAAGAAACUGCAGCCUUGAGCAGCAGGGUGUAAAACUUCUGGACUUGGCUAUCUCAUCCCUGAGUAAUGACACACAGAGAGAAGUUCAAAACCAAAUCAUUCAGGCUCUUAAAGGUCCGUCCCCUCUCCGUUGCUAUGGUGACAGCUACAGCGUGAGCUUCUACCGUUUCCUGAGGAGCUCCUUCAUGGGAUUCCAGUUCCCCAACCUGACCACCUUCUUGUCCCUCAUGCCUCAAGACAGAAAGCAACAGCUGAUAAACUCCAUGCCUCCAUCAGAUCUUGGGGAUUUCUUGCGUCAAACUAAUGUUGUUGGAGAAGAAUCACAGCUCUGUCAGCUUUACAACAGCUACCUCCAGAUACCACUGUUUCUAGAGACUGAGUCUCUGCCACAGCCGGUGAGACAGAGAACUCUGCCUUGCGUUUGGCCCAUGGCUCUCAGGAGCUCCAGCAGGUCAGAGGUUAACGCCUGGUUUGAUCGAGGUCUCUCCAACUACUUGGUCUUCCUCACAAAGACUCAGAUCAGCCAAAUCACCUCAAUCAACGCCUCAUGCUUGGCCUUCCAGAAGAUUGUUUCUGCUCUUGGUUCCUACAACUACUCUGUUUCUGACUUCACCAACCGAGACGUGUACGACACCAUCAAGGUUUACCUGUCAUCAGCAACAUCACCAAAGUGCUACGACAGCAAUGACCCAGAACUGAACUCCACAGCCUGGUUUGCAGAGUACAUCGGUUCUUUCAUCUCUUUUCUCACUGUGGUGGAUCUUCAGUCAUUUGGAUCUCAGCAGUACCUGCAGCUGUUCACAGUGAAUCCCCAGAAUAUUUUACUUCUUCAGAGGUACAGGGUGGAUCUGACGUUAAUCAUCUACUACAUUCAGUUGGUUUAUCAGCAAGACAUAAACUUCAGUCCAUUUGGUCUUCCUCCAUCGGGUCAGUGCUUUGCUCCUGGUCGGGCGUUCACUCAGUUGACUGUACAAGAAAGUUUGACAGUUUUGGGAAAUGUCAACAGUGUCUGUACAGACCUAGAUCCACAGAUCGCUGCUGCUUUGGCAAGUAAUUUUGGUGAGAACAUUGAUGCCCAAGUCAUUUCCGCCCUCGGUAAUGAAAGCAGCAGCUUGUCCAUAAGCCAGAUAAAGUCUUUGAAGCCUUCAGACUUGGUGGAUUCUCUCAACACUCUCAGCAAUGUGAUUGGAUGGAGAAAAGGACAGGCCAAAGCCAUCGUCCAGUCUUUGCUGUCUUCAGGAUUUUUACAGAUCAACAGCUCAGCCUCGCUGUUAAACCUGGGUUCCCUCAUCCUUGGUGUACCAUCAACUGUGUUCAGCAGCAUCAGCGGCUCUGAUCUUGUCCCUGUUUCUCCAUCACUCCUGUUCUACAUACUGUCUGCUCCACGGAUUGUCCAGCUGUCUUUUGUGAUAAGGAUCAUAUAUUUAAAUACCAACAGUUUGCAGAUCAUAGAAAAUGUUCCAGAUAAUUUGGCCACUGAGAUCCCUCAAGUUUACCUGCUGCAGUUCCCAGAUGACAUCAGCACAGUCAUCAAACUGAACAAGAAGAAAUGGAAACCUCAACAGGUUGCGUUGUUCUUUGAUAAAAUAGCAGCAAACGCUGAGACAGCCGAGCUGGGAGGUCCAAACAACUUGUCCUCCUCUGUGCUACAAGGGUUUACAUGUACAACAGUAAGAUCUUUAGGAAGGACGCAAAUCAAGAAUCUGAUUAAAGCCUGUCGGAGAAAAGGCACGAAUAAGGUUCCAUUGGUGGAGACUCAGCUGACCUGCAUGUACAACCAAAUCAAAGAAGAGUCUGAUGCCACCAGCUUUUCCCUCUAUCCUCCAGAUGUGCUGCUUUACUAUGAUUACUCUCUGGUUCCACGGAGCAGCUGCAGGUCUUAUUUUCAAGAGCUGGCUGAUGCAGACUUCUCCAUCUUUUCUCCAGCACUGAGAUACAAACGGUCGGAUUUGUUUAAUAAUGCAAGGACAUGCUUGGGAAUAACAAGCAAAAUUCUGACUGAGGACAAUGUAUCAGUUUUGGGGAACAUGUGCUGUAUGCUCGAUGGCUCCUACAUCCAAAACUCUCAUCCAUCCAUAUUGGAACGACUUAAAAACUGUCCAGAUCUCACUGUUGAACAAACAUCUGCAGUUGUAACCCUUCUGACCAAUGGAAAAACACCAUAUGGAGUUCCUUCAACAUGGAAUGAACAGACUCUAAAAGACCUUGGGAUGUUUACUCUGUAUUUGCCUUCAACUUUCUAUCUACGCUUUGAUCAAGACACAAAGCGUAACUUUUUGAGAUACUUUCUGAAAGUUUUUGGUGGAGUGAGCAGAGAACAGAGGAGGCGACUGAAGAGAGAAAUAAGACAGUCCAUCACAAGUGAUUCAGAACAGACUGCAGAAUGCACAGCUGGAGUAAUCACACAGGUCGCAAUCAGUGACCCCGCAUUCCCCUUUGACUAUAGCGUCAAUCAAUUCAACAACUGUCUGUCAGUUUCAACCGUCAAAGACAACUUGGAUGCCAUCACAGAAAAGGUGGAUGACGAGGAAUACCUCAGGAUUGUUCUCCAGAAACUGAAAGAGGCUGGCAACUCCAUCAUCUCAGAAGAUCAGGUUCAGCUCUUAAGUGCAGCUUCUCGUGUUGCCACUGUUGAAGACAUUCGUUCAUGGAACAUCAGCAAAAUUGACACACUUGCUGCUUUGAUGGACUAUUCCAAUGGAGGCUGGGACCCAAUCUUAGUGAAAGUUAUCGUCUCUAAGUAUCUGGCUAUUAGAGGAAACAGACUGGGCAGCGCAGAGCUGAACAUUAUCGGGGGACCUAAUCUCUGCUCUCUGGAAGUGGAUAUCAUCAGAACUAUCUCAUCACAAAAUUUCAGAGAAGUUGACUCUCUGGACAUCUCUAGCUGCACUGCUGACAAAAAGAAAUUGUUUUUCACUUUCUCCUUUGAAGCAUUCAACUUCAACACAAGUUCAGUUUCUUUAUUUCAGCUCAUACGACCAUACAUUGGAGGUGCAAAUGCUGACUAUAUCCGUAGUUUGGUGACCUCUGGUGUAAACAUGGACCUGUCCACCUUCACCAGUUUGGAUGAAAAUGUUGUGCUGAGUCUAACUGCAAGUGAAGUUAAAGGGCUUCUCGGAACCAACCUCCCAGAUUUGAAGUCAUAUGAAAACCAAGUACUGGUGCAAACCUGGAUCAGAAGUCAAAACCAGUCUGAGCUUGAUAUUCUGGGAUUGGGCUUCCAAGAAGACAUCUACAGUGGACAGUGCCAAAUUAUUACAGAAAAUGAGCCAAAUACAUGUAUUGGAGUGGACAGCACAGAUCUUCAAGUCUACCUUGACAAUGGAAAGAUGAACGGAAGCUUCUGUAGCUUUUCUGUGGAAGAGUUUGCUUGUGCCUCACUCUCAGCUUUAACAGCACAGGACCUGGUAGAGAUUAUGAAGUGUGAUCGGUCAUCAAACUCAAGUGGGUCCAUAUCAGCCUGGAACCUCCUCUUCUGCAAAAGAUCCAGGAUCCUGAAUGCAGCUCUGAAUCUUCUGACCACUACAACAAUCAACCCCAACAAUCCUUCAGCGUCAGUGAUUUUGGACAGCAUACAAACAAUCUAUCCAGAUCUUUUCAGAGCAAACAUACUAAACAAUCCCACUGAGCUGCAGCUGUGGUUUAAUGUUCGCCUUCGCCCGUUCUUACCUGCUGUUUCCACCAACUUUCUCUCAAUUCUUGUGACAAAGGAUUUGCAAUGCAGCUCCUACCAGUAUAUCCUGCAAUUACUGAGUGAAGUACAAUCCCAGAUGACUCCUUCAAGGCAAGAAUCUGUGUACACACAAUUCAUCAAGAUUUACCUGAGCAGAAGAGAUACUGCAGCAACAUCACCAAAGUGUUACAACAGCAACAACCCAGAACUGAACUCCACAGCCUGGUUUACAGAGUACAUCGGCUCUUUCAUCACUUUUCUCACUGUGGUGGAUCUUCAGUCAUUUGGAUCUCAACAGGAUCUACAGCUGUUCACAGUGAAUCCAAAGAAUAUUUUGCUUCUUAGUCAGUUUAAGGUGGAUCUGACAUUAAUCACCUACUACAUUCAGUUAGUUUAUCAACAAGAUAUCAACUUCAGUCCACUUAGCCUUCCUUCAUCGGGUCAGUGCUUUGCUCCUGGUCGGGCGUUCAGUCAGUUGACUGCACAAGAAAGUUUGACAGUUUUGGGAAAUCUCAACAGUGUCUGUACAGACCUAGAUCCACAGAUUUCUGCUGCUUUGACAAAUAAUUUUGGAACGAACAUUGAUGCCCAAGUCAUUUCCACCCUCGGUAAUGAAAGCAGCAGCUUGUCCAUAAGCCAGAUAAACUCUUUGAAGCCUUCAGACUUGGUGGAUUCUCUCAACAUUCUCAGCAAUGUGAUUGGAUGGAGAAAAGGACAGGCCAAAGCCAUUGUCCAGUCUUUGCUGUCUUCAGGAUUUUUACAGAUCAACAGCUCAGCCUUCCUGCUAAACCUGGGCUCCCUCAUCCCUGGAGUACCAUCAACUGUGUUCAGCAGCAUCAGCGGCUCUGAUCUUGUCACUGUAUCCAGAAACCCCUCAGUCCUGUACUACAUACUGUCUGCUCCACGGAUUGUCCAGCUGUCUUUUGUGAUAAGGAUCAUAUAUUUGAACACCAACAGUUUGCAGAUCAUCGACAAUGUUCCAGAUAAUUUGGCCACUGAGAUCCCUCGAGUUUACCUGCUGCAGUUCCCAGAUGACAUCAGCACAGUCAUCAAACUGAACAAGAAGAAAUGGAAACCUCAACAGGUUGCGUUGUUCUUUGAUAAAAUAGCUGCAAAGUCUGAGACAGACGAGCUGGGAGGUCCAGACAACUUGUCCUCCUCUGUGCUACAAGGGUUUACAUGUACAACAGUGAGAUCUUUAGGAAGGAGACAAAUCAAGAAUCUGAUUAGAGCCUGUCGGAGAAAAGGCCCAAAUAAGGUUCCAUUGGUGGAGACUCAGCUGACCUGCAUGUACAACCAAAUCAAAGAAGAGUCCGAUGCCACCAGCUUUUCCCUCUAUCCUCCAGAUGUCUUGCUUUACUAUGAUUACUCUCUGGUUCCACGGAGCAGCUGCAGGUCUUAUUUUCAAGAGCUGGCUGAUGCAGACUUCUCCGUCUUUUCUGCAGCACUGAGAUACAAACGGUCGGCUUUGUUUAUUAAUGCAAGGAGUUGCUUGGGAAUAACAAGCGAAAUUCUGACUGAGGACAAUGUAUCAGUUUUGGGGAACAUGUGCUGCAUGCUCGAUGGCUCCUACAUCCAAAACUCUCAUCCAUCCAUACUGGAACGACUCAAAAACUGUCCAGAUCUCACUGUUGAACAAACAUCUGCAGUUGUAACCCUUCUGACCAAUGGAAAUACACCAUAUGGAGUUCCUUCAACAUGGAAUGAACAGACUCUAAAAGACCUUGGGAUGUUUACUCUAUAUUUGCCUUCAUCUUUCUAUCUACGCUUUGAUCAAGACACAAAGCGCAACUUUUUGAGAUACUUUCUAAAAGUUUUUGGUGGAGUGAGCAGAGAACAGAGGAGGCGACUGAAGAGAGAGAUAAGACAGUCCAUCACAAGUGAUUCAGAACAGACUGCAGAAUGCACAGCUGGAGUAAUCACACAGGUCACAAUAAGUGACCCCGCCUUCCCCUUCGACUAUAGCGUUGAUCAAUUCAACAACUGUUUGUCAGUUUCAACCAUCAAAGAAAACUUGGAUGCCAUCACAGAAAAGGUGGAUGAGGAGGAAUACCUCAGGAUUGUUCUCCAUAAACUGAAAGAGGCUGGCAAUUCCAUCAUCUCAGAAGAUCUGGUUCAGCUCUUAAGUGCAGCUUCUCGUGUUGCCACUGUUGAAGACAUUCGUUCAUGGAACAUCAGCAAAAUUGAUACACUUGCUGCUUUGAUGGACUCUUCCAAUGGAGGCUGGGACCCGAGCUUAGUAAAGGUUAUCAUCUCUAAGUAUCUGUCUAUUGGAGGAAACAGACUGGGCAGCGCAGAGCUGAACAUUAUCGGGGGACCUAAUCUCUGCUCUCUGGAUGUUGAUAUAAUCAGAACUAUCUCAUCACAAAAUUUCAGAGAAGUUGACUCUCUGGACAUCUCUAGCUGCACUGCUGACAAAAAGAAAGUCUUUUUCACUUUCUCCUUUGAAGCAUUCAGCAUUAGCACAAGUUUAGUUUCUUUAUUUCAGCUCAUACAGCCAUACAUUGGAGGUGCAAAUGUUGACUAUAUCCGUAGUUUGGUGGCCUCUGAUAUUAACAUGGACCUGGUCACCUUCACCAGUUUGGAUGAAAAUGUUGUGCUGAAUCUAACUGCAAGUGAAGUUAAAGGUCUUCUUGGCACCAACCUCCCAGAUAUGAAGUCAUAUGAAAACCAAAUACUGGUGCAGACAUGGAUCAGAAGUCAAAACCAGUCUGAGCUUGAUAUUCUGGGAUUGGGCUUCCAAGAAGCAAGCACACCUGAACCUCCAGCCACGGGUUCAACAACGGUAUCUUCAACAACAGCUAAAGUAACUGGAUUCCGUUCAUCACCAGCAAGCACACCUAAACCUCCAACCAUGGAUUCUACAACAGUGGCGUCUUCAACAACAACUAAUGUAACUGGAUUCAACCCAUCACUAGCAAGCACAGCUGAACCUCCAACUAUGGGUUCUUCAACUUCAUUAUCUCCAGCAACAACUAAUGUAACUGGAUUCAACCCAUCACCAACAAGCACAGCUGAACCUCCAACUAUGGGUUCCACAAAAACUUUAUCACCAAUAACAACUAAUGUAACAGGAUUCAAUCCAUCACCAACAAGCACAGCUGAAGCUCCAACUAUGGGUUCUACAACAACUUUAUCAUCCACAACAACUAAUGUAACAGGAUUCAAUCCAUCACCAGCAAGCACAGCCGAGCAUCCAACCAUGGGUUCUACAACAACUUUAUCACCAACAACAAGUAAUGUAACAGGAUUCAAUCCAACACCAGCAAGCACAGCUGAACCUCCAACUAUGGGUUCUACAACAACUUUAUCAUCUACAACAACUAAUGUAACAGGAUUCAAUCCAUCACCAGCAAGCACACCUGAACCUCCAACUAUGGGUUCUACAACAACUUUAUCACCAACAACAAGUAAUGUAACUGGAUUCAACCCAUCACCAGCAAGCACAGCUGAACCUCCAACUAUGGGUUCUACAACUUCAUCCCCAACAACUAAUGUAACUGGGAUAAAUCCGUCAACAGCAGGUACAGCAGAACCUCCUACUAUGGGUUCUACAACAACUUUAUCACCAACAACAAGGAAUGUAACUGGAUUCAACCCAUCACCAGCAAGCACAGCUGAACCUCCAACCAUGGGUUCUACAACAGCUAUAUCCCCAGCAACUAAUGUAACUGGGAUAAAUCCGUCAACAGCAAGUACAGCUGAACCUCCUACUAUGGGUUCUACAACAGCUUUAUCACCAACAACAAGUAAUGUAACUGGAUUCAUCCCAUCACCAGCAAGCACGGCUGAACCUCCAACUAUGGGUUCUACAACUUUAUCACCAACAAGUAAUGUAACUGGGAUAAAUCUGUCAACAGCAAGCACAGCUGAACCUCCUACUAUGGGUUCUACAAGAGCUUUAUCACCAACAACAAUUAAUGUAACUGGAUUCAACCCAUCACCAGCAAGCACAGCUGAACCUCCAACCAUGGGUUCUACAACAGCUAUAUCCCCAACAACUAAUGUAACUGGGAUAAAUCCGUCAACAGCAAGUACAGCUGAACCUCCAAGUAUGGGUUCUACAACAGCUUUAUCACCAACAACAAGUAAUGUAACUGGAUUCAACCCAUCACCAGCAAGCACAGCUGAACCUCCAACUAUGGGUUCUACAACUUCAUCCCCAACAACUAAUGUAACUGGGAUAAAUCCGUCAACAGCAGCUACAGCAGGACCUCCUACUAUGGGUUCUACAACAACUUUAUCACCGACAACAAGUAAUGUAACUGGAUUCAUCCCAUCACCAGCAAGCACAGCUGAACCUCCAACCAUGGGUUCUACAACAGCUUUAUCACCAACAACAACUAAUGUAACUGGAUUCAUCCCAUCACCAGCAAGCACGGCUGAACCUCCAACUAUGGGUUCUACAACUUUAUCACCAACAAGUAAUGUAACUGGGAUAAAUCUGUCACCAGCAAGCACAGCUGAACCUCCAACCAUGGGUUCUACAACAGCUUUAUCACCAACAACAACUAAUGUAACAGGAUUUAACCCAUCACCAGCAAGCACAGCUGGACCUCCAACUAUGGGUUCUACAUCAACUUCAUCACCAGCAACAACUAAUGUAACAGGAUUUAACCCAUCACCAGCAACCACAACUGAACAUCCAACCAUUGGUUCUACAACCACUUUAUCACCAGCAACAACUAAUGUAACAGGAUUUAACCCAUCACCAGCAAGCACAGCUGAACCUCCAACCAUUGGUUCUACAACAACUUCAUCACCAGCAACAAGUAAUGUAACAGGAUUUAACCCAUCACCAGCAAGCACACCUGAACCUCCAACCAUGGGUUCUACAACAACUUUAUCACCAACAACUAAUGUAACUGGAUUCAUCCCAUCACCAGCAAGUAAAGCUACAAGUCUUUCAACAGUCUCAAGACCAACAACUUCUCAACCAGCAUCAAGGACUUCAACAUCGUCUAAAUCCACCAUACUCUCGGACAUAACCAGUCCUCAAACUACAGAUAUCUACUAUGGACAGUGCCAAGUCAUUUCAGCAACUGAGUCAAAUUCAUGUAUUGGAGUGAACAGCACAGACCUUCAAGUCUACCUUGACAGUGGAACGAUGAGCGGAAGCUUCUGUAGCUUUUCUGUGGAAGAGUUUGCUUGUGCCUCGCUCUCAGCUUUAACAGCACAGGACCUGGUAGAGAUUAUGAAGUGUGAUCGGUCAUCAAACUCAAGUGGGUCCAUAUCAGCCUGGAACCUUCUCUUCUGCAAAACGUCCAGGAUCCUGAACCCAGCUCUGAAUCUUCUGACCACUACAACAAUCAACCCCAACAAUCCUUCAGUGUCAGUUAUUUUGGACAGCAUACAAACAAUCUAUCCAGAUCUUUUUAGCGCAAACACACUAAAUAAUCCCACUGAGCUGCAGCUGUGGUUUAAUGUUCGCCUUCGCCCGUUCUUACCUGCUGUUUCCACCAACUUUCUCUCAAUUCUUGCAACAAAGGAUUUGCAAUGCAGCUCCUACCAGUAUAUCUUGCAAAUAUUGAGUGAAGUACAAUCUCAGAUGACUCCUUCGAGGCAAGAAUCUGUGUACACACAAUUCAUCAAGAUUUACCUGAGCAGAAGAGAUACUGCAGCAACAUCACCAAAGUGCUACGACAGCAAUGACCCAGAACUGAACUCCACAGCCUGGUUUGCAGAGUACAUCGGCUCCUUCAUAACUUUUCUCACUGUGGUGGAUCUUCAGUCAUUUGGAUCUCAGCAGUACUUGCAGCUGUUCACAGUGAAUCCAAAGAAUAUUUUACUUAUUAAGAUGUACAGGGUGGAUCUGACAGUAAUCAUCUACUACAUUCAGUUAGUUUAUCAACAAGACAUCAACUUCAGUCCACUUGGCCUUCCUCCAUUGGGUCAGUGCUUUGCUCCUGGACGGGCGUUCACUCAGUUGACUGCACAAGAAAGUUUGACAGUUUUGGGAAAUGUCAACAGUGUCUGUACAGACCUAGAUCCACAGAUCGCUGCUGCUUUGACAAAUAAUUUUGGAACGAACAUUGAUGCCCAAGUCAUUUCCGCCCUCGGUAAUGAAAGCAGCAGCUUGUCCAUAAGCCAGAUAAAGUCUUUGAAGCCUUCAGACUUGGUGGAUUCUCUCAACACUCUCAGCAAUGUGAUUGGAUGGAGAAAAGGACAGGCCAAAACCAUUGUCCAGUCUUUGCUGUCUUCAGGAUUUUUACAGAUCAACAGCUCAGCCUUCCUGCUAAACCUGGGCUCCCUCAUCCCUGGAGUACCAUCAACUGUGUUCAGCAGCAUCAACGGUUCUGAUCUUGUCACUGUAUCCAGAAACCCCUCAGUCCUGUACUACAUACAGUCUUCUCCACGGAUUGUCCAGCUGUCUUUUGUGAUAAGGAUCAUAUAUUUGAACACCAACAGUUUGCAGAUCAUAGAAAAUGUUCCAGAUAAUUUGGCCACUGAGAUCCCUCAAGUUUACCUGCUGCAGUUCCCAGAUGACAUCAGCACAGUCAUCAAACUGAACAACAAGAAAUGGAAACCUCAACAGGUUGCGUUGUUCUUUGAUAAAAUAGCAUCAAAGUCUGAGACACCCGAGCUGGGAGGUCCAAACAACUUGUCCUCCUCUGUGCUACAAGGGUUUACAUGCACAACAGUAAGAUCUUUAGGAAGGACGCAAAUCAAGAAUUUGAUUAGAGCCUGUCGGAGAAAAGGCACAAAUAAGGUUCCAUUGGUGGAGACUCAGCUGACCUGCAUGUACAACCAAAUCAAAGAAGAAUCAGACGCCAGCAGCUUUUCCCUCUAUCCUCCAGAUAUGUUGCUUUACUACAAUUACUCUCUGGUUCCACGGAGCAGCUGCAGGUCUUAUUUUCAAGAGCUGGCAGAUGCCGACUUCUCCGUCUUUUCUCCAGCAUUGAUAUACAAACGGUCAGAUUUGUUUAUUAAUGCAAGGAGCUGCUUGGGAAUAACAAGCACAAGUCUGACUGAGGACAAUGUAUCAGUUUUGGGAAACAUGUGCUGCAUGCUCGAUGGCACCUACAUCCAAAACUCUCAUCCAUCCAUACUGGAACGACUCAAACACUGUCCAGAUCUCAAUGUUGAGCAAACAUCUGCAGUUGAAACCCUUCUGAACAAUGGGGAUACAUCAUAUGGAGUUCCUUCAACAUGGAAUGAACAGACUCUAAAAGACCUUGGGAUGUUAACUCUGUAUUUGCCUUCAUCUUUCUAUCUACGCUUUGAUCAAGACACAAAGCGCAACUUUUUGAGAUACUUUCUGAAGGUUUUUGGUGGAGUGAGCAGAGAACAGAGGAGGCAACUGAAGAGAGAGAUAAGACAGUCCAUCACAAGUGAUUCAGAACAAACUGCAGAAUGCACAGCUGGAAUAAUCACACAGGUCACAAUCAGUGACCCUGCCUUCCCCUUUGACUAUAACGUCAAUCAAUUCAACAACUGUCUGUCAGUUUCAACCGUCAAAGACAAUCUGGAUGCAAUCACAGAAAAGGUGGAUGAGGAGGAAUACCUCAGGAUUGUUCUCCAUAAACUGAAAGAAGCCGACAACUCCAUCAUCCUAGAAGAUCAGGUUCAGCUCUUAAGUGCAGCUUCUCGCGCUGCCACUGUUGAAGAUAUUGGUUCAUGGACAAUCAGCAAAAUCGACACACUUUCUGCUUUGAUGGACUCUUCAAAUGGAGGCUGGGACCCGAGCUUAGCUAAGGCCAUCAUCUCCAAGUAUCUCACUGUUGGAGGAAACAAACUAGGCAGUGCGGAGCUGAAUGCUAUUGGGGGACCUAAUCUCUGCUCUUUAGACGUAAACACCAUUAGUACAAUUUCCUCACAAAGUUUCAGAGAAGUUGACUCUCUGGACAUCUCUAGCUGCACUGCUGACAAAAAGAAAGUGUUUUUCACAAUCUCCUUUGAAGCAUUCAGUUUUAGCACAAGUUCAGUUUCUGUUUUUCAGCUCAUACAACCAUACAUUGGAGGUGCAAGCGUUGACUAUAUCCGUAGUUUGGUGACCUCUGGUGUCAACAUGGACCUGGCCACUUUCACCAGUUUGGAUGAAAAUGUUGUGCUGAGUCUAACUGCAAGUGAAGUUAAAGGUCUUCUUGGCACCAACCUCCCAGAUAUGAAGUCAUAUGAAAACCAAGUACUGGUGCAGACCUGGAUCAGAAGUCAAAACCAGUCUGAGCUUGAUAUUCUGGGAUUGGGCUUCCUAGGAGAUAUCUACAAUAAACAGUGCCAAGUUAUUGCAGCAAAUGAGUCAAAUACAUGUGUUGGAGUGGAAAGCAAAGAUCUUCAAGUCUACCUUGACAGUGGAACGAUGAGCGGACAAUUCUGUAGCUUUUCUGUGGACAAGUUUGCUUGUGCCUCACUCUCAGCCUUAACAGCACAGGAUCUGGUUGAGAUUAUGAAGUGUGAUCGUUCAAACUCAAGUGGGUCCACAUCGGCCUGGAACCUCCUCUUCUGUAAAACUUCCAGGAUCCUGAAUGCAGCUCUGAAUCUUCUGACCACAACAACAAUCAACCCCAACAAUCCUUCAGUGUCAGUGAUUUUGGACAGCAUACAAACAAUCUAUCCAGAUCUUUUUAGCACAAACACACUAAAUAAUCCCACUGAGCUUCAGCUGUGGUUUAAUGUUCGCCUUCGCCCGUUCUUACCUGCUGUUUCCACCAACUUUCUUUCAACUCUUGCAACAAAGGAUUUGCAGUGCAGCUCCUACCAGUAUAUCUUGCAAAUAUUGAGUGAAGUACAAUCUCAGAUGACUCCUUCGAAGCAAGAAUCUGUGUACACACAAUUCAUCAAGAUUUACUUGAGCAGAAAGGAUACUGCAGAUCCUGGCUGCAUCCAAAACACCACAAAUUGGCUUCAGAAAAAUGUUGGAGGAUUCUCUGUUCUCUUGUCUAUUCAAGACAUUCAAGAGCUCUACCCACAAUUCUCAGGGGUGGAAGCCCUGUCAGUGCUGUCAGUCAGACAGCUUGCAGAGGUAGCUGCUGCACCUGGCCAGCUCACAACUGCAGAGCAGGUCACCAUGCUGAUGACUUAUGUCCCUGACCAACAGUUUGCCUCAUUCUUUGAUGAUUUUUCACCUAAAAUUUUGGGACGUGAAAACAUUCUCCUCUCUACUGUGAGGUCAGCCAUGUUGCAGGUUGUGUUUAAUCGUGCAAACCUCUCCAGUCCAUCAACCAGUGAUUCAGUUGUGUUACUGUGGCUCCAAGAUCGACUCCGCCCCCUGCUGGUAAAUUUGGUACCUGACCACGUAACGCCAUACUUUAAUAUACUGACAGGAAGAAGCUGCAGCCUUGAGAAUCAGGGUGUGACAUUUCUCAACUCGACCAUCUCAAACCUGAGUGAUGCUACUCAAACAAAAAUCCAAGAUCAAAUUACCUUGGCCCUCAAAGGUACAUCACCUCUCCGUUGCUAUGGUGACAACUACAGCGUGAGCUUCUACAGUUUCCUGAGGAGCUCCUUCAUGGGAUUCCAGUUCCCCAGCCUGACCACCUUCCUGUCCCUCAUGCCUCAAGACAGAAAGCAACAGCUGAUAAACUCCAUGCCUCCAUCAGAUCUUGGGGAUUUCUUGCGUCAAACUAAUGUUGUUGGAGAAGAAUCACAGCUCUGUCAGCUUUACAACAGCUACCUCCAGAUACCACUGUUUCUAGAGACUGAGUCUCUGCCACAGCCGGUGAGACAGAGAACUCUGCCUUGCGUUUGGCCCAUGGCUCUCAGGAGCUCCAGCAGGUCAGAGGUUAACGCCUGGUUUGAUCGAGGUCUCCCCAACUACUUGGUCUUCCUCACAAAGACUCAGAUCAGCCAAAUCACCUCAAUCAACGCCUCAUGCUUGGCCUUCCAGAAGAUUGUUUCUGCUCUUGGUUCCUACAACUAUGUUUCUGACUUCACCAACCAAGACGUGUACAACACCAUCAAGGUUUACCUGUCAUCAGCCACUGCGCCAAAAUGCUACAACAGCAACAACCCAGAUCUGAGCUCCACAGCCUGGUUUGCAGAGUACAUCGGCUCUUUCAUCACUUUCCUCACUGUAGCGGAUCUUCAGUCAUUUGGAUCUGAACUGGUUCUGCAAGUGUUCACAGUGAAUCCUAAGAAUAUCGCGCUCCUCAGCCAGCCCAAAGUGAAUCUGACAUUGAUCAGCUACUACACUCAGUUAGUUUAUCAGCAAGACAGCAACUUUAGUCCACUCCUUCUUCCUUCAGUGAGUCAGUGCUACGCUCCUGGUCCUGUGUUCACCCAACUGAAUGCAGAUGAGAGCAUGAAAGUUUUAGAAACCCUCAAUGUGGUCUGUACUAGCCUGGAUGCGCAGAUCUCUGCUGCUUUGACAAGUAACUUUGGGACCAAAAUUGACUCCUCACUCAUUACUGCCAUUGGAAAUGGAACCACUAGUUUUUCCACAAGCCAGAUAAAGGCUAUAAGCUCUUCACAGCUGAUAACUUCCCUAAGCACUCUCAGCACUGUGACUGGUUGGAGAGAAGGACAGGCCAAAGUCAUUGUCCAGACUCUGCUGAGCUCAGGAGAAAUGAAGAUCGACAGCUCAUCGUCACUCUCAAAGCUGGGUUCUCUUGUCAUUGGUUUACCCUCCAACACGUUUAGCAGCAUCAGCAGCUCAGAGCUCAUCUCUGCAUCCAAAAUCCCAUCAUUUGUAACAAACAUAAUAUCUGGUCCUCCGAUUCUACAGCAGAAUUUUGUUUACCAGAUUGUAUCAUCGGACACAAACAGUUUGAAAAUCAUAGACAAUAUUCCAGACCAAUUGGCCACUCAAGUCCCUCGAGUUUACCUGCAGCAGUUUACGAGUGACGCAGUCACUAUUGAAAAACUCAACAAGAAAACAUGGAAACGGCAGCAGGUUGAGUUGUUCUUUGACAUUAUAGCAGCAGAUUCUGCUACUACCGUGUUAGGAAGUGCAGACAGCUUGUCCUCAUCUGUGCUGCAAGGGUUCACAUGUACAGGUGUAAGUCAGUUUCCAAGGACUCAGGUCAUUAGCCUGAUUAAAGCCUGCCGGAGAAAAGGGUCGAGAAAGGUGCCACUGUUGGAGACUCAGCUGACCUGCAUGUACAACUACAUUAGCACAGAGUCAGAUGUCACCAGCUUUGCACUUUACCCUCCAGAUAUGCUGCUGUACUAUGAUUACUUGAAGUUGCCACAGAGCAGCUGCAGGUCAUAUUUUCAAGAGCUGGCAGAUGCAGACUUCACAGUUUUCUCUUCAGUCCUCAGCUACAAACAGACUGCUCUGUUUAAUAAUGCAAGGAGCUGCCUGGGAAUAACUAGCACAAGCUUGACUGCUGAUCAUGUAUCAGUUUUUGGAAACAUGUGUUGCAUGCUGGACGGUUCCUACAUUCAAAACUCUGACCCAUCCAUCCUGGAAAAACUCAAAAACUGUCCAGAUCUCACUGCUUCUCAGGCAGCUGCAGUUACAACCCUUCUGAUCAGUGGAAAUACACAAUACGGAAAAACUUCAACAUGGAAUGAGGCAACUCUGACAAACCUUGAUAUGUUACCUUUGUAUUUGCCUACAACUUUCUAUGAUAACUUUGACAAAAACACCAAGAAGACUUUCUUGAAAUCCUUCUUAAAAGUUAUCAAGGAGAAAGGAGUGAGCAGAUAUAAGAGACGGGAGCUGAAGUCAGUAAUAAGACAGUCUAUCAAAAAUAGGUCUAAGAGAACUACAGGUGAGAAAUCCUGUCAUUUAUCUGUGUUUUUCAUCAACCAGAUGUUUUAUUUAACCAUGUUUCUCAUUUUAUUUACAGACUGUACAGUGGGGAUAAUCACUCAGGUCACCAUCAGCGAAAGCACCUUCCCCUUAGACUAUGAUGUAGCCCAGUUUAAUAACUGCCUAUCAAAUGUAACUGUCAAAGACAACUUUGAUGCCAUCACAGAAAAAGUUGAUGAGGUGGACUACCUUAAAAUUGUUCUCCAAAAACUUGGAGAGGCUUACAACUUCAUCAUCCCAGAAGAUCAAGUUCAAGUUUUAGGCUUUGCAUCCCGUGUUGCCACCAGUGAGGACAUCAGCUCAUGGACCAUCACUCAAGUGGACACCCUUUCUGCCUUAAUGGACUCAUCAAACGGGGACUGGGAACCAAGUUUGGCAAAAGAAAUCAUCUCAAAGUAUCUGGCUGUGGCAGGAAACUCACUUGGUAGAGCAGAACUGAAUGCUAUCACAGGGCCUAACCUGUGCACUCUUGAUCUGAGCGUCAUCCAGUCAAUUUCUGCUCAAAGCCUCAAAGAAGCUGAAGCCCUGAACAUCACCAGCUGCACCCUGGAGGCAAAGAAAGCCCUUUUCAACAUUUCCACUCAAUCAUUUAGAGCCAUUACACGAGCAUCUCCUGUCUUCCUGCUCUCUAAACCCUUCCUUGGAGGUGCAUCUGGCAACUACAUCCGAAGUUUGGUGCCGUCCAGCAUUAGCAUGGACCUGGACACCUUCAGCAAUCUGGAUCCAAAUGUCGUGCUGGGUUUAACUGUAAUUGAAGUAAAAGGUCUGCUCGGAACCAACCUGCCAGAUUUGAAGUCUUAUGAAAACCAACCACUGGUGCAAACCUGGAUCAGAAAUCAGUACCAGUCAGAUCUGAACACUCUGGGACUGAAUCUGUCUGGAGGCAAAGCUGACCCCGUAACCACCGCCACAAACAGUCCAACAGGAACAGCAGCAACAACAACAACAACUGCUGGGUCUGGAUCAGGUGGUUCUGCAACUACAGUCAGCGGAGUCCGAAUUCAAGCAGACGCCGGAUUCUCCUUCCUUAUUUUCCUGGCGAUCCUUGUCACUUCUCAGCUCAUCACAAUAUGAACAAUAUUUUGAAUGACUGGAUUAACACAUCUUUAUUUUAAUCAGAAAAUGUAUUAUCAUUGCUGACUAAUUCAAGCAAAAUGUUAAAUAUUUUCUUUGUGAAGAAAAUGUCUCAUAAAUAAUAACAGGUUAAAUGUAUGGAUUAUCUUUUUAAAACUGUACUUGUCAAAUAAUCACUUACUUUAUUUUUCUCCAUUCUUUUCAAAUUUACAAGAUGAAUAAUGUGUUCUAGCUCAAAAAUACUUUUAAAAAUACUAUUAGCUAGAAAGGUAUAUUAAAAAACUGUAACAAUAAACAUGUAAUACCACAACACUUGUAAUAUUGGAUCUGUUGUUUCAUUAAUAAAAGCAUUAAAAAUA